AUGGCGUUAAAAGUGCCACGCGCUGGCGGGCCUACACUUUUCAAAGAGGGGUAUCAGCAUCUGCAGGGAAUUGAAGAAGCAGUUCUGCGCAACAUCCAUGCAGUAUGUGAGCUAUCCGAUAUUGUGCGCACGUCGUUCGGCCCCAUGGGGCGGAACAAGAUGAUUGUGAACCACUUGGGCCGUACCUUUGUCACCAGCGACGCCGCCACGAUCAUCCGCGAGAUGGAAGUUGUGCAUCCCGCGGCAAAGCUAAUCGUGUACGCGUCGCAGCAGCAGGAUGCCGAGAUGGGCGAUGGGACAAAUUUUGUCCUCACCUUUGCCGGCGAGCUGCUGCGCAAAGCGCAGUCACUCAUCACACUUGGUCUGCACCCCUCAGAGAUUAUCCAAGGCUACGAGCUUGCACGCGAUCGUACAAUUGAGCAGCUGGAGCAUCUGUCCAUCGCGACUCUGUCCACGCCGCCGACACAGGAAUCGCUCGCGCUCGCACUCCGUCCGACGCUUGCGUCGCAGCAGUACGGCUCCGAAAAUAUUUUAGCGCCACUUUUAGCGCAGGCCUUGUCCCUUGUUCUCCCUGAGAACUCGAAGCUACGCGAUCUCAGCGUGGACAAUGUGCGUGUCGUGAAAAUAAUGGGCGGCAGCCUUGCCCAGAGCCGCGUCGUGCGUGGCAUGGUCUUUGGCCGCGAGCCAGACGGCAGUGUACGCUCUGCACACGCUGCAAAAGUCGCCGUAUUCACAUGCGGGAUCGAUAUCAGUCAGACAGAGACAAAAGGCACCGUGCUGCUGCACAAUGCCAAGGAGCUGCAGCAAUUCACGCGCGGCGAAGAGGCCCAGUUGGAGCGCAUCGUGCAUGAAAUUGCCGCUGCCGGCGUCAAGGCCGUCGUUGCACAAAGCACUGUCGGCGAGCUUGCCCUGCACUAUUUGAACCGCAUGGGUAUCUUUGUGAUCAAGGUGCAGUCCAAAUUCGAUCUCCAGCGCCUGUGCCGCUUGGUUGGCGCAACGCCGCUUGCGCGGCUCGGCGCGCCGACGCCCGAGGAAGCGGGCUGGGUCGACACUGUCGAGACCACUGAGAUUGGCGGCGACCGCGUCACGAUUUUCCGCCAGGAGGACGACCAGCCCGGCGGCAAGUCCAAGCCGCGCCUCGCAACGGUUGUGUUGCGCGGCGCCACGACCAGCUUCCUCGACGACGUGGAGCGCACAAUUGACGACGGCGUCAAUGCCGUCAAAGCCCUCGUCCGUGAUCCACGCCUUGUGCCGGGCGCUGGCGCGACCGAAGUCGAGCUUUCGCGCAGGGUGAUGGAGUACGGGGAAAAAACGCCGGGACUGAACCAGCACGCAAUCAAAAAGUACGGCGAGUCGCUCCAGGUGAUUCCACGCACCUUGGCUGAGACGGCGGGUCUUGACGCGGUAGACGUUGUGAACCGCUUGCUGACCAAACACAACAAUCCCGAGCGUACGGAUAUGGGUGUCGAUGUCGACCAAGCCGAGGAUGGGACUAUGUCGACUGUCGAGGCGCAGGUGUUUGACGUGCUGCUCGCAAAGCACUGGGCCAUUCGGUAUGCGACUAGCGCUGCGAUCGAUGUGCUCAAGGUCGACUCGAUUAUCAUGAGCAAGCCUGCGGGCAUCAAGGCGCCCGGAAAGAACCCGCAUUGGGACGAAGAUUAG